ACUUAUGAUUUAUCUUUUUUGCCAGCGAGUGGGACUGUGGGGGAUUAUCGGUCGACUGUUCUGUGUCUGGCUUUCUGGUUUCCUUUUAGUUUCUUUUCCCCCUUCUAGCAGAAGCAGUCAAGCAUACGUACAAAAUGCACAAUUAAAAAGAAACAACGAGCAAGUCAAGUCAAGAAAAGUGGAAAAGGGGCUAACAAAGGAAAGAUUCACCAAGAAGCAGUUCAAAUGAGGCUGAAACGACUUCUCUCGUAAGUUGCUUCGGCAAAUAUGAUUUAUGAUCCCCGCUAUCCCUCCUCAGUCCUCUCCUUCUUCCAAAGCCGCGUGAUUUAUCCUUAGAAUUCCAUUGGCUCUUCUACAUUCGAUUAUCUUUUUUCCGUUAAUCAAAGUCGCCAUUUCAUAUCCUAAUCCCACCUUAAAAGCCAGUAGUUAAUUUCCCGUCGGACUCACAGUCUAGUGUAAGCUAGCGUGGCGUUAAGGGUUUCCCCCCCUCACUCUUCCUCCGCCGCUCCCUUUCUCAAACUCGAUGUCAACCUCCGCCCAAAUCCCCCAAUCAGCAGCGGAACCAAGGCAGUCCACGGAUCAGACGGCGGAGGUCAAGCCAGUAUCCGAUCUCAACUUCGUGGACGAUUCCUACUUCGAUUCUCUCUUUGCCGAAGACGAAGACGACGAAGAAAACGACGCCGUUCUUCAAACUCUGCCGCCGCCGCGAGCGGGGGAAUCUUCUGAAGACGAAGACAAGGGAGAAGUCCUCAAACUCAUCUUCCCGGUCUCGGACGCCAAAUACGCCCACGGAUUGCAGGUCCAAGAGGCUCUAUUCGGCUCAAUCUCGCUCUACCGCGGCGAAACCCUCGCCGCCGCCGCCGCGGGAGACGAGGAGGUCGAGAGCCCCGGGAAGCGGAUGAAGGUGGACGAAGGCGAAUCGUCGCUGAGAUUCUGCGAGAUUUGCGCGGAGAGGAAGGAGCCGGAUCAGAUUCUCGCCGUCGCAGCCUGCACCCACGCGUCCUACUGCUCCGACUGCAUCUCCCGCCACGUGGAGACCAAAAUCGGGCAGAGCGUGGUCACCGUCACCUGCCCCGCGUCGGGAUGCGGGACCGUGAUCGAGCUCGAGUCGUGCCGCGAUGCUCUCCCCAAGGGAGUGAUCGAGCAGUGGGAGGAGGCUCUGUGCCGGAACCUGAUCGGGGAGUCGGAGAGGUACUACUGUCCGUUCAAGGACUGCUCGGCGAUGCUCCUGGUGGAGGAGGCAGGAGCGGAAUUGAUCAGGGAAUCCGAGUGCCCGUACUGCCACAGGCUGUUCUGCGCGCAGUGUGGCGUGCCGUGGCACUCUGGGGUGGACUGCCAAGGGUUCCAGCUGCUGGGGCAGGACGAGCGUGGCAGGGAAGAUAUCAUGGUGUUGGAGAUGGCCAAGAGCAACAAGUGGGGAAGAUGCCCGCGGUGCAAAUUCUACGUUGAGAGGACCGAAGGCUGCCCUCACAUCAUUUGCAGGUGCAAAUAUGAGUUCUGCUAUGGGUGUGGAGAGCAAUGGAGCUCGAAUCAUGGCGGGUGUACCAGAGAUUGAUCGGGGUCGAGCUAAUGGACUGGAGGUUGAGGGUCACGUUUGUUGGUUAGAUGUUUACUUGCAAAAGUUGAUUAAGAGAGGCUGUUUUGGCUUUUAGUUUUUCGUUGAUUAUCAUUGUGUCCUCCAUUGUCAUUAAGCAUAUUGGUGAUAAUGAUGGAAUGGGGACUGACGAAACUCUUGAAAAGGAAGCUUGGAUGGGAGGAAUAUGAAAUUAUGAAUAUUGGUAAUGAGUAGGUAUUUCUGCACCAGGGCAGGGGUCUUCUAUUAGAGCACCUCUACUAAUAGAGCACCUUUACUGUGCUAUAUAGUAUUGGUGCUUUAAUGUACAACUUAAAGUUGUACCAUAACAUUAAAUGUAUAAGUUUAGGUUGUACCAUAAAGCAAUUUGUACCAUUAUGUUAUGGUACAACUUUACAACUUGAAGUUGUACCAUCACAUAAAGGUACAAGUCCAAGUUGUACCAUAAAAGAAUUUGUACUAAAAGUAUAGGUAUAAUCUAAAGUUGUACCAUAACGUAACUGUACAAUUUUAAGUUGUACCAUAAAGGCAAAAUCCUGUA